AUGAAAAUGAGACAAUACAUUAUUUGGAAUAAAUUUUAUAUUAAUUUAUUUUCUUCGUUAAUUUUAAUAGCUUUACCUAUUAUUAUAAGGGCCGAUGUUUAUUGUUAUAUGGGCGGUGGCUCUUCACCUACUAAUGGAACAACCCUUGGAUUGCAUACUGUUUGUGUUGGGAAUUAUUGUUAUUUAGCUAUAAACUCUGACGGAAGUUGGCUAUCAAGUUGUCAAGCACCCUCAAAUGCCACGACUACAUUGCCUGCAAACAUUUCAACUUUUUGUUCACCAAAUACUCAACCAAUGUAUUGCCAAUGUACUGAUAAUUUUUGUAAUACUCCUAAUAAUCCGAACUUUGUUGCUUCCUUGAAUAGGUUCAGAGUUGUUAAUGACUACAAUAUUCUAAAUUAUUUUAGAACAUUUACCAAUAUUGCAAGACCUUCUGAUUCUGGAAAUUUUACUUGUUUUGAAUGUGGCACUCCGCUUAUUAGAAAUGCCGAUGGAAGUCGAAGAAUGGCAAAUUUUAAUGUUACGUGUGAUGGGAGAAAGUAUUGUACCGGAAGAUACUGUAUAACACGAAGAUCAGCAGCACCACGUUCGUAUUGUGCAACAUCCUGGGAAGGCACGAAGAGUAUAGCAUGCAAUAAACUUACUAAUCAAACUGAUGAUCAAGAAUGUGUUUGUCAGCAAGAUUUCUGUAAUUGGCCUUAUGAUCCAUUGACAACUAUAGCUACGACACCGGCUGUUGGGCCUACCACCUUACCUCCAACUACAAUGAUGCCUGUACAAACAAAUACAACAAUGUCUGUAAUUACAACAACAGCAUUGAUUGCCACAACUGCAUCGCCUAAUAACAGCUUACCACCAAGUCCUUGGCAGUGUGCAUCAGGCUGUGUUCCCAGCCAACUCACAAUGACACCUGAUAAUACCCGAUUAACGAAUAUAAGCAGUAGUGCAUUUACAGCGCCGGCUGGCUGCGCAAAACUUAUGGUUACGUGUACUUCUCCACCAAAUGCUAUUGUGGCGUUUGGAAACCAAGGAUCUUUGAUGGCUUGGGUCCCAAACUUUACACGAGUAGACGCUCUUCUAUAUUGUAUUCAAUAUAAUGGAUCAACACAAUCAUGGACUAGAUUUGGCGCAUUGCAUUAUUGGAUCUUCUAAUUCAACAACAUCAUCGCCAGUAACACAACCAGCAACAGUACCAACUACAAUUCAGCCUCCUACAACUCAGCCUCUUCCACCUUCAACAACUCAGCCUCCCCCACCUCCGACAACUCAACCUCCGACAACACAGCCUCCUCCACCUCCAACAACUCAACCGCCGACAACACAGCCUCCCCCACCUCCAACAACUCAGCCUCCUACAACAACACAGCCUCCAACAACUACAAGAAACGCAACACUCCCACCAACAACUCCUCCGCCUCCCCCACCACCGACAACACAGCCUCCUCCACCACCAACAACUCAGCCUCCAACAACACAGCCUCCUCCACCUCCUACAACUCAGCCUCCUACAACAACACAGCCUCCAACAACUACAAGAAACGCAACACUACCACCAACAACUCCUCCGCCUCCCCCACCACCGACAACACAGCCUCCUCCACCACCAACAACUCAGCCUCCAACAACACAGCCUCCUCCACCUCCUACAACUCAGCCUCCUACAACAACACAGCCUCCAACAACUACAAGAAACGCAACACUCCCACCAACUCCUCCGCCUCCCCCACCACCGACAACACAGCCUCCUCCACCACCAACAACUCAGCCUCCAACAACACAGCCUCCUCCACCUCCUACAACUCAGCCUCCUACAACAACACAGCCUCCAACAACUACAAGAAACGCAACACUCCCACCAACUCCUCCGCCUCCCCCACCACCGACAACACAGCCUCCUCCACCACCAACAACUCAGCCUCCAACAACACAGCCUCCUCCACCUCCUACAACUCAACCUCCUACAACACCGCCUCCGCCACCUCCGACAACUCAACCUUCG